AUGGCUUUCUAUUCUGCGGAGGAACAAACCGAGGAUUACCUUUUCAAGAUUGUCUUAGUUGGUGAUUCAGCUGUUGGAAUAUCAAACUUGCUUGCUAGAUUUGCCAGAGAUGAAUUUUAUCCAAACUCAAAAUCAGCAAUAGGAGUAGAAUUCCAGACACAGAAGGUUGAAAUUAAUGGGAAGGAAGUCAAAGCUCAGAUAUGGGAUACAGUUGGUCAGGAGCGAUUUAGGGCUGUUACAUCUGCAUAUUAUAGAGGUGCAGUGGGAGCUCUUCUUGUGUAUGACAUCAGUAGGCGACAGACAUUUGAUAGCAUUGGCAGAUGGCUUAAUGAACUUCACAGUGAGCAAUACCAGAACUAGUAUAUAGAUAAUUACGGUGUAUAGUAUUCUGAUUUGC